UUGAAGCGGUGGAAUGCUGCGUGCGCGUCCGACAAACACAGAACGUAAACAAAUAAGCCAAACUGCCAGUCGACUGUAAACUUAUAUUAUUUCAGUACUAACGCUAUGAUAUAUCUUUGUAGAUACACACAGCUUGUUGUUUAACAUUAUGCACUUUUAACGGUUGUUCCGAAUAACAGUGAACACUUCGCGGACGCGUCCGUUCUCCGUUUGAAAAUGAUAUACCAUAUUCCCUCGAUCUACACACCGGUGCGGUCCGUCUUGGCAAUCUGGCACCAGCUGACGAAGGCUGAGAUCCCAGAGCUGGCCAAGUGCUCGGUGCUGAUGAGGGAGCGCAGCAGAGUGGAGGAAACAAUCUACGCCAUGCAGCGAGCAGGUGCAGGCAGCCUGCAGGUAAUCUCAGACUUUGAUAUGACGCUGACCAGAUUUGCCCACAACGGAAAGAGAGUUCCCACCACGCACAACAUCCUGGAUAACCAAUUGUUGAUUGAUGAAGAUUGCACUAAAAAGAUGAGGGAGCUGUUGAACACCUACUAUCCCAUAGAGAUUGAUGCUAGCAGGACUGCUGAAGAAAAGCUGCCUCUCAUGGUGGAGUGGUGGACUAAAGUACACAAGCUGCUGAUUUCGCAGAGGAUCAGGAAGGACAUGCUGGCCCAGGCUGUCAGGGAAUCCAGCGCUAUGCUCAGGGACGGCUACAAAGUGUUUUUUGACCGUCUGACAGAGCAGCAGGUCCCUCUGUUGAUCUUCUCGGCUGGUGUUGGAGACGUCUUGGAGGAGGUGAUUCGACAGAACCACGUCUUCCUUCCCAAUGUCCACGUCAUCUCCAACUACAUGGACUUUGACCAGACUGGGGUCCUGCGAGCCUUUAAAGGCCAACUGAUCCACACCUUCAACAAAAGGGAAGGUGCUCUGUCACAUGCAGCUGGCCUCAGGGCGCUGCAGGGUCGACCCAACGUGCUGCUGCUGGGAGACUCUUUAGGAGACCUGACCAUGGCUGACGGCGUGUCUCAGCACCAGAACCUCCUCACCAUCGGCUUCCUCAACGACCAGGUAGACGAGAGAAAAGAGUCGUACAUGAACUCCUUUGACAUUGUGCUGGUGAAGGAUGAGACGAUGGACGUUCCCAAUGCCAUCCUUCGAUACAUUACCUCAUCAAGAUACAGGAAGUAAGAGGCACAAGGAGGGACUUCAUGACAACAUACACAGAUGGACUUGGUCACUCCGUUCACCAUGCUGCAUGCUGGACAAUUGCACAUCAUCACUUACCUCAAAUCCCGACUUGAAACUUUUUAUUAUUACACUCUGUGUUUUUACUGUAUAUCAAAACCAUCCUACCAAAGUCCAGAUGUUUAAAAGAUCUAAAUUAGGUCAUGCAUUUGCAACUUAGUUUAGAAGAAUCUAGGAUUUGUGCCAGUAUUGCAAUUUCUCAGACUAUUAGAGGGCUGGGUAAAACUCUUUUCUUCCUGCUGUUUAAUUUGUUUGAUGGAAUCCUCACAAUGUUUUGAUGAAAACUUUACUGCCAGAAUGGCAACGUACAACCAUAACAGAACUUAUUGCAGGGAUAAUUUAUAUGGUCUUGUUUCAAAUGCAUAAAAGAACAUACAUUGGUACCAGCAGCCCUCCCCUCUGAAAACAAUUCAGCAACCUUUUAAAAAUAUCCACAGGGUGUAUUUCUAAAUGUCUGUCCUCUUUUCAGCACAAAAGCAAAUUCUAAUUUUUACUUUGUUGGUUUACAGUGCGAGGAUAGCUUUUAAAUAUCUUUUACAUUAAGCUUGCGUACCAGCAAAGAUGUAAAACACUUUUUGUAAAUGUCUCUUUAUCUGCCAAGCGUUCUACUACAUAUUGAUGCUGUUCUGGUGUGUUUUGUGUGUACUGUAUAUUACAUUAUAAUGUAGUAUUAUUAGUUUACUUGCAGGGUGCAGCUAACUUGACAGUGAUGCUAUCGGUCUUGAAGCUACUGUAGUUAUUAAGAGCCAUUUUCUUUACCUGUUACAGUGAAGACAAACAUGUUAAUGCCAGCAUCAAACACAAUGCUGCAGUAUACUUAAUGAGUAUUUUGUCUUACAACUGAAACACGGUGGCUGCUAGAAAUUAGGACUUAAUAUUGAGCUAGUUGCACUUUACUAUGAGUGUCAGAGUAAAGAUUAAAAUGGACAUAAUAUGGACGUGCAAGUGUGCUCUUCUCAGCUGAAGGUAUAGUUCACAUUUGUAUGACAAUUGUUUUAGCAAUAAUGUGUUAACACUUGUACAUC